AUGGCGAGCCUGCCCUCGCCACCAGAUGUGUCGCCUCUAGCUUCACCAGAUCAUGGGCAGUAUGGCGUCUCCCGAUCGACUACGACCACCUCUGCGUCUUCGAACAGAUCUUUUGCCUCCAAAUCAGAAAAGCGAGCGAAGUUUCAAGAGGCCAUGAGCGAUGGACUAGGCAUCCAGAUGAAAGAGAUGAGCACACUCAACUCUCCGGAUAGCGUCUAUCGGCUUAAAGGUGGUUUAUAUUCGCCCCUCUCCCCACGGCCACCUAUGCCCAGAUCUGGAACUGUCAGCACUUCGAUGUCGCGCGCAAGGACGGAUCCAAUGACACAACGCCUCAUUGAACGCCGAGCUACCCAGGCUGCAAGGUGGACUAUACAUUGGAGAACGCCUCUCAUGAUGAUCACCUCUUUCCUUGUCGGCGUCGCACUAGCCAUGGGUCAACACCUGCUUUACUCAUCUCUGCACCACAAAGUCGAAGAUGAUGAGGGCAAGAAGGUCAAAUUUGUCCUGUACGGUCGUGCACUUGCCUACUUCUCGAAAGUCGCUUUUGGAAUGUGCUGUACACUGGUCUACAGGCAACGGAUAUGGACUUAUUUUCGGUCGAGGGCACUCACGGUCCUAUCAAUUGACCAACUGUUCCUUGGGACUGAGGACCCAUCAUUGUUCCUGAACUGGGAAGCGAUCAGUCUGGCCCCUCGGGCAACUUUUAUCGCGCUGGUCAUCUGGUUGAUACCUGUUGCGACAAUUAUCUUCAGCCCCGGCGCCCUCACGUUCGGCUGGUACUUCGAAGUUGACAACACUUCACUGAGUGUACCAACUCUCAACUUCUCUGCGGAAUCUUUCAGCGACUGGCGUGUGCCUGUCACUAUGAAAGACGGAACAACGAGAAAGUCAUUGAUGUUUUACAAUACUACGGACGCGCUUGGUAAACAGCCAGGGUUUUUCGAUUACUACGAUCAGCCUUCAACGGACAUUACCCGUGUCACCCUCAUGAACGCGUUUAGUUUGACAGACACGUCUCUGAACCGAGCCGAUGCGCGUCAGGAAUCCUGCGGAGGAUCAUUCAAUUGCACAUACACGACGAUUUUCCUUGGACCUGGUUACAAGUGCGAGGAGGUCGCCACAAGUGCUGCGGACAACGCGAAGUUGGAAGGGCUUGGAGCACCGUUCAAUACCAGUAAACUGAUCCCAGACGGCAAAAAUGUGUAUUUCGCAGACAUGGAAGAAGGGGAUUAUGCAAAGCCACAAGACACGAGAAUCACGGCCCAGGGAGGCGUCCCACCGCCCGAGGUAGACCUCGAUAAUCUCGGAGUUUUCAAAUCAGAACCUAUCAUCUGGAUUGGGUAUGCAGUCAAUUCCACGGAGCCCUUGGCCGACAAUUCCUCGUUUAGAAGCAACUGGACGCACAGAUUUGACCAACACAUCUUCCGCUGCAUCCAUUACGAGACCAAGUACACCGUGAAGUGGAACUACACGGAGCCAUUUUUCAAGACCGACGUUUCGCAGGAGUUCCUCUCGCCUGUUGUUAAUACCACAUUUUCGCAAAAUUCAGAUGGAUCGCCGAAUUGGGCAAUUCCAGUGCCACCAGAGCACUAUGUUAGCCCUCGGAACACUGAACAGUACAAAAAGGUUGCUGCAUACCAUACAAUGGGUCAGUCUUUGCGGAGGUUUUUGAAGGGAUCAAUUGAAAUGGAUCCUCCCAUCCCCGGACCGUCUUAUCCUCGGGUGGCUAGUGACAUUGCACAAACAAGACUCGUCAGCAACAGCUCUAGCUUACCAAUGAAGGAUCUGCCCGAGCAACUCCAAGAAUUUUACACGAACAUGGUCCUCUCUCUCUUCUCCGCGCCACAGAUGCUAGUAGUCGACCAAGAGCGCGUCGUCGUCAACCGGACGAGAUUCCAGUCGACCUUCAUCUACAACCCCGAGAAGCUCUGGGCGUGCUACGCACCCGUCAUCUUCGUAACGUUCGCUAUACUGAUCAUAGGGGCUUGGACCAUUAUCAGAGAUGGCACUACGUUUUCCGUUGGGUUUUCACGCAUCAUGGUCACAACGCGGAAUACGACUUUGGACGACAUCAGUCGCGGCGCGUGUCUAGGUAACGAUCCCUUUCCGCUGGAGCUCAUGCAUACGCGACUACAAUUUGGUGUACUGAACGACCACACCGAGGACUAUGUAGGCGUGGAAGCUCUUCCCGGGAUUGGACACUGCACUUUUGGCGUUCCUUCGGAAGUAUCGCCAAUAAGAAGAGGACAACCGUAUGCCGGGCUUGCGAAACGAGAAGGGAAAAGAAUACCGAAAGAGAAAGUCGAUUGA